GGGCGGUGAGCUGCACGGUGGGGAACGCUGCUGCUGGGCCCAGCCGGGCACGCCGGGGUGGCUGCACGCCAGCCGUGGGCGCCGUCAGAUUGGCCUCGCAGCGAAAUCUGCUCAGGGCACAGAUACGGUCUGGUUUGCCAGAGCGCAGCGGCCCCUCGGAGCGUCCCCCCCAGGGACACAGGCUCAGCUCUGGCCAUGCCAGCGGUGCAGCCAUGUCUCCCCAGGCCAGCGGGGCUGCGUAGAUCUGGCAGGCAAGGCAGCUCCGUCCCUGGAUUUCUGCAGCUUUUCGUGUUGUUUCCUCCCCUCCCACCCCCACUCCAGCUUUAUCAGCUCCGUUGAAAUAGAUCCCUGGAGAGAAACCCGUCGGCGCUGCGAAGCGUUGGCAGGAGCGGAGCGGAUGCAGCCCGGCUGGGCGUCCCCGUGGGACGGCGGGCAGCUGCCGGCGUCUGUGCUGGUGGGAAGCGGUGCUGACACCCUGCUGCGGGACCUGCCUGCACCCCACCUCGCACGUGGGGAAACUGAGGCAUGGCCCUAUGAGCACGGCCGCCUCGCUGGAGCCACGGCAAUGAAUGGGCACGCUCUGCCGGCCGGCACGCCAGCACAUCCCCGGGGCUGGCAUGAGUUCUGCGAGCUCCACGCCAUCAGCACCGCCAAGGAGCUGGCGCGGCACUACCUGCGCUUUGCCACCGAGCACCCGCACCAUGACCUCCUGGCUGCUGAGAACUUCUCGGUGCAGUUCACCGACCUCUUCCAGCAGUACUUCUGUCACGAGGUGAAGGAGGGUUUUGCCAUGAACCAGCUCCGCAUCCUGCCCACCGGCCCGGCGCGGGAUUACCGGGAGACGCACCGGCGGCAUACGGACGCCUCUUUGGGCACGGCGGCCACCAAAGCCGAAGUGGAGCUGGGUGCCCAUCCCGAGCACCCCAGCCGAGCCCCUGAGACUGCCCCAACGGGGCUGCGCAAGUCCUGGAGCUCAGAGGAACUGGCGGGGCAGGCGCGGCGGCCGUUCUCACUCAGCCAGCUGCGCAGGAGCUGGCGCAGCCUCUUCCGACGGCGUUCCUCGGAUGCCCUCCUCGGGGAUGGGGACGGGGAGGUGACGGCGGAGGCAGCUCUCAAGCCAGGACUGGGCAAGCGCAUCCUGCCAUGGGGGCUUUCGCGGGAGCAACCCCCCGAGGUGCGCAAGGAGGGGGUUCUCAAGUAUGGGCUGUUGGAUGAGAGCUCCCUGGACAGUGGGACACGCUGGCACCGCUGCCGCCUGGUGCUGCGGCGAACAGGGACACCUGAAGGUGAGGAAUACGUGCUGGAGCUCUUCGACCCACCCAAGGGCUCCAAGCCGAAGCUUCUCGCUGUCUGCUCCGCUGUCCAGGAGGUGCGGAGAUGUACACGCCUCGAGAUGCCUGAUAACCCCCACACCUUUGUCCUCAAGGUCACCAAUGCCACUGACAUCGUGUUCGAGGUGGGGGAUGAGCAGCAGCUCAACUCCUGGACGGCCGAGAUCCGGGAGUGUGCGCGCAGGGGGUCCGACACAGGUGACCCUGAGGUUGUGGCGUGCCGGCACCCUGACCCCACGGCCACCAGCCCCACCACCAGCACUGACACACCUGGCCAAGGGAGCCCAGGGGAGGCGGCGGGGCUGAAGAUGGAGCAGUUCCUCUCCUCCUGCCCCUGGUUCCACGGGCCCAUCUCCCGUGUGAAGGCGGCUCAACUGGUGCAACUGGGGGGACUGGAGGGACACGGCGUCUUCUUGGUGCGGCAGAGCGAGACACGGCGCGGCGAGUACGUUCUCACCUUCAACUUCCAGGGCAGAGCAAAGCACCUGCGGCUCGCGCUGACGGAGCGAGGCCAGUGCCGCGUCCAGCACCUCCGCUUCUCCUCCAUCCUGGAGAUGCUGCACCACUUCCACCGCUACCCCAUCCCGCUGGAGUGCGGGACGGCCUGCGAUGUCCGUCUGUCCAGCUACGUCGUCGUCCUGCCCCAGCCGCAAGCUCCCGGCUCCGCCAGCACCGUCCCUCUGCCCCUGCCCGUUCCCAGCUGGAGCUCGGAAUUCAACCACGUCCCUGCCAGCUCCUCCUGCCCCCAUGGCCCCGACGAGCCCCCCCCGGGCCCCCCACCAGAGCAGAUCUUCCACCUGGUGCCGCCGCCGGCUGAGCUGGUGCAGAACCUGCGCCCCGGCGGGGCGGCUGCGGCCCCCGGCCCCCGGCACCGCAGUUCGGACUACGAGGUGGAGGCACCGGGCCGGGGCCACAUCCGCGCCGUCGACAACCAGUACACGCCGCUCUGACGGGCACUGGGAUGCACUUUCGGGUGGAGAAAUCCUCGAGACUUCCCACCGAGAGAAAGAAUGUACCUUGUUUCUUCCUUCUGGUUAGGGAUGAUUAUUAUAUUUUUUGCAAGGAAGGGGGUAAUUUUUCACUCCGGUAUGGGUGUGCUCCC